GGCGUUGCAUAAUUCUAGGUGGAACUCCAUGGUGGGGAUGCGAACUAAUCGGAUUCUACAUUAGAUCAUAUUCUAUUUAUGGGUUCAUAUGAAUUACAAUGCUCAUUGACUAAAGAACGCAAUGGUCGAACAUAGCGGACAAGUGAAAUUACUAGCCGUCGUAUUUCGGCAUGGUGAUCGCUCUCUCGACCCAAACGUGGGUGAAUCUUACCCGAAUGAUCCCUAUCGAGAUCUCGAUAUCUUCCCGGUUGGUCCAGGGGGUCUGACAAAUAAUGGAAAACUUCGGGCAUUCAACCUUGGACAGGCCUUGAGAAAAAAAUACGACAAAUUCUUGGGCAAUAUCUAUUACCCCGAAUUGAUCAAGGCCCGUAGCACGGACUGCGACCGGACAAAAAUGUCACUCCAGUUGGUUCUGAGCGGUCUUUUUCCUCCGGCAUCAAGUCAGAAAUGGAAGAAUGGGGUAGACUGGCAGCCAAUUCCUACCGAAUACUUUCCCCUGAAAAAUGACUGGCUUCUGCGUGCCGAUCUGAAUCCCAAAUGUGCCGCCGAAAUCGAUCGAUUUAAGAACAGUCAAGAGUUUCGUGAACGUUUUGCCGAGCUCAAUGAUCUAGUUAAAUUUCUCGAGAAAGUCACUGGCAAGGUGUAUAAAAAUGUUGAAGAAUUGUUUUUACUAUACCUUACCUUUUCUGUUCAACGCGAAAUGGGAUUGAAGCUUCCAGAAUGGGCCGAUAAACUUUUCCCAAAUGGUCGGCUAUUAGAUGCUGCUAGUCUUGCAUUUGAUACAAGGAACGGCAAUGACAAGCUCAAGAAAUUGCACGGAGUUUUGCUCUUAGGAGUGCUGCUGCGCAAGAUUACCGAUAAUUUCCAGAGAUGUCAAAAAGGGGCUCUUAAAAAUGGCAGGAAAAUCUACCUUUACAGUGGCCAUGAUCUAAACGUUGCUGCUCUUCUGAAUACUCUUGGGAUCUGGAAACCCCACUCACCUCAAUUUACCAGCGCUAUCAUCAUGGAACUUUUAGAAAUUGAAAACAAACCCUUUGUCAAGGUGAUCUACUAUCUCGGAAUUCCAUCAGAGUUUACGGAAAUGCAGAUACCGGGAAGCCCUACUAAGCUGUGUCCCUUGGACGAGUUCCUUGAUCUGUACAAAAACUUUAUUGCAACGGACGAGGAUUUCAAUGUCAGUGAUUCAAAUAUUGCACAACACUAGAUACAUGAUAUUGUAGUAAAUCCAUUCCCCAAGGAUACGGCCAAGCUAACUUUCUCCCAAAUGUUCUAUUUAAUUAUGAAAAAUAAAUUUAUUAAUCUAUCCCCGAAUCUUCGAUCGCACCAAGGGAAGAAGAAACAAUAAAUUGUAACCCUGGAAUAAUGUAGGUAUGUACUUAACCCAAUAAAAAUUACAAGAAUGAUAA